AAUAUUUUAUUUUCUGUAUACUUCUCUUGAUAUCCCUAUUGUUCUAUUAAUAUAUACAUAUAUAAUGAGCGAAAACGAAGGAAGUAUAAAACGCUCCAUUGAAGAAACAACAGACAUUGAUGAACAUAAAAAACAAAAGCUAAAUUAUGAAGACACAUCUACAUUUGUAUCCAAAGAAACAGGAGAAUCUGUUAAUACACCAGUAGCAAUUACAUCUACACCCACAGGAGUUAAAGCCCGUUUAACUAAAAACGACUUAACAUCAGUUGGGGAAGAGAUAAAUAAAAAGAUGAAGCAGGAUAAUACUGUGUCAGCAGAUCGAUCAAAGGCAGUCACACCAUUACCAGGUAACAACGGAUAAUUUUGAAUUAUUUUUAGUAAACUAAUUUUUAUAUUAUGCAA